AUGGCUCGUGGAUCUACUGAGCCGGGGAACAUGGGCAGCGUUGUUGGAGCACCACUUUGUGCCGCUCUAAAAGCUGGCGGAGAUGUCGCAUGCCAAGGGGUGGGCGGAGCGUACCAGGCAACUUUGGCUUCCAAUCUUUUGCCAAAGGGUACUGAUGAUGCGUCGAUCCAAGAGGCUGUCAAUAUAAUCAAUAAAGCGAUGACUCAAUGCCCAAACUCAAAAAUAGUUCUAGCGGGCUAUAGCCAGGGAUCUGCAGUCAUUUCCCAAGCUGUCCAGUCGAUGCCAAAGGCAAGCCAAGCAAAAAUUGCUGGCGUUGCCUUCUAUGGAUACACCAAGAAUCAACAGACGAAUGGUAUGCUUCCAGGAUACCCUCCAGCUCAAACCAAAGUAUUCUGUCGUGCCGAUGAUGGUGUAUGCGGUGGGCAACUGAUCGUCACCGCUGGCCACUUAGCAUAUGGGGUUGAUGGGUCUAUACAACAAGGCGCUGAUUUCUUGCGUAAAAUGGCCGCAGCAGCUACUGCUUAG